UUGCGUUGAAACAAGAACGCAGAGGGCUAGGGAGCUGUGCUCAGCCUCGCAUCCUUCACGGCCACCUUUAAAAAGGAGAGAGAAAACAAACACGCUCCAGCCCGACAAGUUGUAAUGAAACACACUUUAAAGUUUGCUCGGAAGCCGUGGGAGUUGACGUAAAAGUGACUUUUUGAAACUGGAGCUGCUUCCUCCUUCGACAACGGGGUGAAAUAUCUCAACAUCCUCACAAAGAAACUUUGCUUGCUAGGCUGCUAACUCGCCACACAGCCAGCAGCAAGGAGACCAAAAAAAGUAUGCUCAGCGGCGAAGACGAGAACACAAGCUCGUAUUGACGUUUUACUGGUCGAGUUAUAGUGGUAUGUGCUCGGACAUGGCCUCUGAAUGACUCGCCUUGAGUUUUCUAACGGUUUUUCUUCGAGUAGUCAUCACCAGCACCAGAGGAGAAAGAGCCGCUGCUGGUUAACUUUAGCCAGCCACCACCAUCACCAGAGCGCCCCCACAUCUCUACCAGGCAGGACAGCCACAGCUAAUAACAGUCAUUUAGAGUUAAGUGGACCCAGAUUUGACACUGUAAAGAUGUCCGGUCGAAGUGGAGCUGGACACACGAGGGGUGCUGCUUUGGGUCCACAGCCGCUGAAGGCAACUGUCCCAUAUCAGCUGGCCAGCAAACCGAGACCCAACAGGAUAGAUGGGAAGCCAGCUAGAAAGGCCAGAUCCCACCAGCUGAGCCCAGGCAUGAGGCGGACGAUGUCUCUGGACGCCAUCAUCGGGCCGUACCUGCAAGGACACUGGCCCAAAGAACCAGAAGGCCCGAGCUGUGUACCCCGCCAGGACAAAUCCACCCAGACCCCAGACUCAUGGUCCGAUAGAUCCCACAGCCGGCGAGGAAGCAGCAGCCACAAGCGAUCAGCAUCAUGGGGCAGUGCUGAGCAUCUGCGAGAGAUCACUAAACUAAAACAACAACUGCAGCAGUGCAGCAAACCUGCAGUCUCGGGGGCACAUGACAAAGACCGUCAGCGGGGCUAUCCUCAGGGGGGCCGUAGCCUUGGAGCUGCUCAGACUCAGCCUAUUCCCAUCCCCCCUGCUCCCCUGUCUACACUGGUCCCUCCCCUGCGCUGCAGCGUGGAGGGCCUCAACCAGGAGCUGGAAGGCAUGUUCAUCAGCCAGUCACUACAUCCAUUACAGAGGCUGCUCGAGGUUCCAGAUGGUCAUCGGGCUCCGGUGCCUCUGCAGAGCUGCAGCAGUGGAUCUCAGAGCGACCCCCCCACCACGCCCCCGCCAUCGUCAUCCUCCACCUCCUCCUCACCCUCCUCCUCUCCCAACGACAUCUGCACCUCUCAGCCCAACUCAGAUGCUCCUCCAGACCUGCACCAAGGCUCAACAGACAGUGGGCUUCUGUCUCCAUUCCCCUCCCAGAAUGAGGCUGACCUUUCUCCUCUCCUGAACGCCUCAUCUCCCGGGCCCAACAAAAGCUGCUGCUUCCAGAGAAAACCUCCAGAGGGCUGUGAAAGGGUGAGAGUGUGGGAGGAGAUCAGCUCUCCACAGAAACCCACGAUGGCCCUCAUCUCCUCCUGCCCCGACCCCAACAAGGUAAACUUCACCCCUAUGGGGGUUCAGCCUUUUGCCCAGUCAGCCUCCCUAAGCCCCUGCUCCCCUCCAUGGACAUGUUUUUCAGAAGCUUUGGCUCUCCAGCAAGCAACUGCUUGA